UCGUCAAAUGAUUCGUUUGGGUUCGGUUCGGUGUGGUUCACUUUGGUUAUAAAAGACGAGGGUUCUAUUUCAAAUUUAUGGAGUUGUCAUUGAGCUCGCCAAGGUUCCGAGUCCUUACUGGCUAGUGUUUAAUAAAAGUGAUAAUUAAUACAAGUGAUAAAAAAUCAAUCGUUUCUUUGAAAAGUUAUUUUGCAAGCAUUUCAACAUGCAUUUGCUAUUCAUAGUAUUAGCCUGCAGCACAGUAGCUUUGAGUGCUGCCCAUGAUUGGGGCUACCCAGAUCUGGAUAACAAUCAGGAUGAGCCAUUUCCAAAGUGGGGCGGCCUGUGCGACAAUGGCAAGAAACAGAGUCCCAUCAAUCUACAUGCCAAAGGCGCUCUCAAAGGUGAAUUCGAUCCGCUGAGAUUUGAGAACUACGAUGAGCAUCAAGGUUCACUUCAAAUGAUUAACAAUGGGCACUCAAUUCAACUUUCGGGCUUUGCUCACGAUCUGACUUUAAGUGGAGGCGGUCUUGGCAGUGAUUAUGUUGUGGAACAGAUUCACAUGCAUUGGUGGUCGGAGCACACAAUCAACGAUAUACGUUAUCCCCUCGAAGUGCACAUUGUGCAUCGCAAUACGAUUUAUCCCAACAUUACAAUGGCAGCCAAUUUCAAGGAUGGCAUCACAGUAUUAGCCGUACUUUAUCAUGUGUCCAAUACACCCAACGAGGCCAUCGAUAGCAUCAUCAAGAGUCUGACCGAUAUCAAGAGCUAUGAGAAUAAAAAUCGACCUGUUCAUGUGGCCGACAGUCUGGCAGUUGAUGAUUUGAUACCCAAUGUGGAGACAUAUUUUACCUAUGCCGGUUCCUUGACCACGCCCACCUGUGCCGAGGCCGUCACUUGGAUUGUGCUCACUGAAACCUUUCCAGUUACCCUGGAUCAGGUGAAUGAGUUCAAAGAGAUUGAAUACGACAAGGGAAAGCAAUUGCACAACAAUUAUCGUGAAAUUCAAAGUGAAAACAAUCGUGCGGUGGUUUUAGUACAACAAUUACGAGGUGGAUCAGCUCAAAUUUCCACUUUAGGCCUGAGUCUAACAUUGUUACUCGGACUCGCAGCCCAAAAGAUACAUCUUCUGUAGUUCCCUACAAAGCCAUAACAGCCAUAGAUACACCAAAGAAUACAACAACGAAUUUUAACCGCAAUCUAAACUGAGGAGAGUUAAAGAUUUUUUGUAAGAACGAGAGCAAUGACCAGACCAGACAAUUUAUACAUACUCAUUAUUUGAAAUCAGUGUUUGAAAUUCAAAUAACAAAUUCAACUAGUCAAUUUGUGUGACAUUCAAAGCAUGUGCCUUAAAACACUCACCAUUUAUUCUACGAUACAUAAUUACAUAAUUAAUAAUAAAACUUUUAUAUGAA